AUGAAGUGGUCAGCAUUGGUUCCUCUAUCGGUCUCUGCACUGGCCGUUCUUCCCUCCACUGGUGCGUGGGAGUUCACUUGGAGAGACGCCAGCAACACAAGACACGUGGAAUCCGGCCACGGGCCCUCCAAGUGUAUAACCGUCGACCAUAAGAAAGGAAUGGUAUUUUCCAUUGAUGCGCAAGGCGAAAAGAACAUCAACAUGUUACUGUACGGCACCGAUGACUGUUCGGGCAAGGCUGUGGGACAGGCGACCGAGCGCUUUUCCAAAGCGUCGUCGGUAGACAUCCAUGGUUUCCAAGUUGAGAGUCUCUCUACCGGAUCGAAUGCGACCACGACUGCUGCGAAUGCUACCGUGACAUCGACAAGACUCACUCAAUCGUCCUCCACCGCCAACAGCGAAUCCAGCGAUGUGCCAACGACGUCGGCGACGACCACGUCUGAUACAGCUGCCACCACCACAAGUGCGAGUGAAACAAGCACGUCCACCCCGAAUGCAUCACUGCGACUGUCCGCUGCCGGUAGCGACAUGGCCAAGACUGUGAUUGGUAUGGUGUUGGGACUUGCGACGGUCGAAUGGCUGUGUUAG